AUGACACCACCACAUCCUGGCACUCCUCCAGCUGACACCCCUCCCACUGGCACUCCAGGAACCCCUCCUAAAACUGGACAUGGAGAAGACACGCCUUGCCCUGAGUUAACUUACAACUACCCGCCUGGAUCAACGACACCCACCGGUGUAGAGGGUGAUCACUCAAAUUCUCCACCACCCGGCACUCCCCCCACUAAUUCUCCUACACCCCCGUCGACUGGUUCCGGUCAUUCACCACCAGGCACUCCGAGCUCUCCUCCUGCUGAUACUCCGGGAUCUCCACCAGAUGGCACCCCAGGAUCACCCCCCGCUGGAACUCCUCCCGCUGGCACUCCAGGAACACCUCCAGCUGGCACUCCCCCCGCUGGGACUCCCGCUGUGCCUAUGAGUAUGCACAAGAUUACAUACUCAGCACUGAUCAUGAAGAUCAAGUCUGAAGAAGUCAGACACAGGGACAGAGACGAAGAAGAGGAGCAAAUGACAAUGUUUACAAAGAAGAAACAUCAAGACACCAAGAAGGACAAGAAACUAGUCAAGUGCUUUGGAUGUGGCAAGUUGGGACAUUACAAGAAUGAAUGGUUGUCCAAGAACAAGAAACCACAUGAAGAAAAUGUGGAGUUGCAUGUGGCGUUCCAUUCGAAUACCAAGCGAUUAAAUGGAGACAGGGCCAUGUGGGGCAUCGACAGUGUGAUUCGAGUAGUAUUAGUAGCGGUUGGUAAUCCUGUUCCAGUUAAUGAAUAUAAACCGAUCGAUGGACGUGAAUAUCCGCUUGGAACAGAAGUUGGUGUUGCUAAGCAAGUAAUUUCGCAUGAAUAG